CACCACCAUCAUUACCACCAUUCCCACACCAUCAAGCCCAUCUAAAAUGAACCCCCCAAACCUCCUCCCCCACGACCCCCAUCAUCAUCAUCAUCACCACCACCACCACCAACCCCCAACCCUAACAACCUACCUAACCCACCUCCCCUUCCUCCCCCUGCACGACCGCAUCACCUCCCUACACCAUCUAUCCCAGUCCCUCACUCCCCAAAUAACCCCCACGGGCACACGCCUCAUCAACCACCCAUCCUUCACCGGCCCCGCACCCCUCGACCACCUCGGCACCAUCUACAUCACGACCGGUCGCGACUGCGUGGCCAACAACGCCGACCUGACCAUACGCAUCCUGCACGCCGACGUCGGCGCGCUUCUCGAAUCCAUCUACGAAAAGAGCGGAGAGUUGCUGGAUGCCGGUAUCCAGAACGGGAGCGUCGUCUUGUCCGAGGAGAAUAAGCUCCGGGAUGGUGCGGGGGCGUGUUGUCGUGGUGAACCGGAGGUGAUGUUUCGGGAGGGGUGGGCGGUCGAAGAGGCGUUGUGGUUUUAUAGAGUGGAUUUUGAGAGUAGAUGGGAGGUGGCGGAUCGGGAUGGGGAGAGGGUGUUGUUUAGGGCGAGUGUUGGGAUGUUGGAGAGGGCGGCGGAGUGGGAGGAAGAUGAGGAGGGGGUAUAGGUGGUGGUGUGCUACGCUGUUUGGAUGUUUGGAUAUUUGGAUAGGUGCUGGGAGCUACUUAGGAUAGCUUGUUGAUCUGCCGGGUGGAUGUAACCUGAUUAUCGUAUGGAGUAGUAGCCCUGUGCUCCCAUCUGUGUGCUGGGGUAGGUGGUGGAGUGGAGUAUCCGGGGUAGAUCUACAGUGGGACAAAAAAAGUAUGUGGUU